GUUGCUCAGUUGGACAGCACUGGAAAAUGACCGACAUGAGUGUACUGGGACUGACUCUGGUGUCUCUGGCCUUGUUCAUCUCUGUCUGCCUCAACUUCAUUCUGUGCAUCAGGCAACGAGGUUCUUGGUGCCGAGACAAACAGAGGUGCUGCCAUCAUGACAACUCAGAAGAAGACACUUUAUCACAGGUAGAAAGGCAAUAYGUUUGUGACAUCAGUCACCGAGGGGAGCAAGAAAAUCCCCACAAUCAUCACGAGCGACAGGAAAAUCCAAUCUAUGGCAACAUCAGCACCGAGUGGCACGAUUCUUCAGAGGGUUGCUAUGAGAUGAUGUCCUUGCAGCGCAACAGAGACUGCAUCAAGCCYUUAGAGCCCGACCUGAAUUACGCCUCGUUGAAUCUGAAGCUGGCAAAGAAACGCAAAAAGCGGCGUCACCUGCAAGGCCAGGCGCAGAACAGGCACCAGCAGGACCAGCUGGACGURUCCGCGCCCUCCGGGAACACCUUCUUCGAGGUGGACGCAGAGGUGGAGGCUCUUCUUCCGCCCAGGGACAACAGCACCAUGGUUUCCCACAGCAGCAUCUACCUGAACAGUCAGCAGAUCGCCCUGGAGGCCCAAGAAAUGGAGCAAGAGCGGAGCGUGAGCAAACUGACAGAGAGCGCAGGUCGGGACGGGUUGCAGGAAGGUGACGGCGGGGGGAGAAGAGAUUGGAAUGAAGGUGGGGAACGUGAGGAGAGAAAAGACAACCCUGACGAUGGGAACGCAUGCGUGCAGCGUUUAGAGGUAGAAACCGCCCACAGCGCCACUGAUCCGUUCACUGAUAGCUUUAGUGGUGAUGGUGACUAACAAAGUUUUACAUUAAAGAGAUCC